AUGGCCGUAUCCACACAGCAAAAGCUUUCUCUUCUCUUGCUACACAUUUUCCUGAUCAAUGCUUCUGCAAAGGCUCAAUCUAUCAACGUGAAACUUGCACCUGCGCUCUAUGUGUUCGGAGACUCCACUGUCGAUGGUGGAAAUCGGCUCCCUCCAAACCCUACAUACGGAAUGGACCUCAACCCGUUGGUUACCCCUCGCUGGAGCAACGGCCUCAACAUUGCUGACUUUCUUGCAAAUUUUUUGGGGUUGCCCCUUGUUCCCCCCUACUCUAACAUGUCCGUUGCGGGGGGUUCAACCACGGGAGUCAACUACGGCUCGGCUGGCUGCGGAAUCCUACCGCCAACCGGCCAACCGAUUAAUGAGAACCGGAGCUGUUGGUCCUUCGACGACCAGAUUUUGUUUUUCAACCGAACUGUGUCGGAUAACCUGACGACACUUUUCAGAAAUGAAUAUUUGAUUUUGCACGGGUUGGGAGGCAGAAAAUUCGUGGUGAACAACAUUUGGCCACUGGGUUGCACCCCGGGCUUUUCGACACGUCAACCAGAUGGGGAAAACUGCUGCGACGAAAAAAUCAACCAGCUGUUGAUUCCUUACAACAACUCGUUGCCCCAGAUGCUGAUGAAACUGGAGGGGACGCUCCCGGGGUUCUUGUUCAGUAGCUGGGAUGAUUUCCAGUUCAUCGCAGACUUGAAGAUGAAUGAGGCGCAAUAUGGUAUAACCCAUGUUAUGGGACGUUGUCUUUCAAACCCGUACUGGGGAACACCGUGCAGGGAUCGGGACCAGUAUGUGUACUUCGACGACACCCACACAACCCAGGCUGCGGAUUUCAUCUUCGCCUUGAAUUGCUUUAACGGGACUCUGUGUAGUCCCAGAAAUGUCUUCAAACUUGUUGGAAUAGAUCAGAUGUGCAUGUCAUUAGCACUGCUAGCUAGCUGUAAAAUUGAUGCUUUGGUGAACUGUUAUUUCGGUGGUAAUUAA